AUGGCGCGACCCUCCCCCGUCAAGCCCGAGGCGCACAGCCUCUACAUUCGCCUCGUCCUGCCGCCCUACACCAUCCACUUCAAAUCGCCCGCGUACAUGCAGCCGCAGAUGCUCGAGCUCCUCGACAAGAACGUGUGUAAGGCUACGCUCAAGACGUCUUCUUCCUCGAUGGUCGUCCGCCGCGCCAUCGGGCUAGACCCCAAGUUUUGGACGGAUUUCUGCGUCCUGCUCAAGGCCGCCAUUCCCAGCCUGGAACGAAGAUCCUUCACCAUCUGGGACCCCAGCAGUGUCGACUACGAAAGCACCAGUGGCGCUCUGAUCGCAGGUCAUUAUCCUGGCUUAUGGAAGGACCUCGAGAGGCUGAACGAUCUCGUCUCCAUCGCGCGGAACGUCAUGAACGUCGGUACCGACGUGCAAGACCUCGCAGCUUCAUUUAGCAUCGAGGCUGAAAUUUUUCGAUUGGUCAACUGCUGCGUCAAGGUGACGGCAAGAGGAUACGAUGGGGAUGCGGGCACAGGAGACGAGGAGAAGUGGCAGUGGAUUGUGAAUGCCUACAAAAAGCUGCUCAUCACCAGUCUGCAGUUUCUGAAUAACUUUGUUGCGCAGAACGAGAUGAGGAAGUUGAUGCUGUGGGUCAGCCUGUUCGACAAUAGCACUGAAGCCGUCUUCUCGCCAGAAGACGUCCCAGAGACCAGCUCGGCCAGCUUGACCGAUGUGCCCAGCAACCCAACCAGCAGACCCAUAGCACCCUUGAGCGCGGAAGACAUGCUGAUUGCGUUCGGUACCAACGGCACACAGACUCUGGACUUGGAAGGCGCGCAGCCCCUCAGGGACAACGAGCCAUUUUCUGACUACCCUCUACCUCCAGAAGCUAUAGAGGGGGCAGAAAAGCUGGAGGGAAACGGGUAUGCAUUCUACGCCAAGCGUGCUGUCGGGCCUUGCAAGGAGGACUACAACAUCGAGCGGAAGCGAGAUCCAACCCUGGCCGAAAUGCAUCUCGAACUUCCUCGACGAUGGGCGGAAUUGACAGAUGAUGACCACUUAUACUGGCAGGGUCUAUUCGAGGACGCUCUGGCACGUUAUCGCCAGGAGCUAGCUGUCUAUGAGGCCAAGACGCUCGCAGUCACCGAGCAGCAGCCAGUGCUAAGAAGCGAUGUCCCAGUUGCGCAACAGACUAAGCAGGUAGAGCGUCAAAUUGCGAUGCUCGAGGAACAGUUGGCCGGUCGACACAACAAUGACAAUGCUGGCCUCCAAUCUUCAGGGCCUACAAUCCCGGGCAAGGACGGCCAUCUUGCUAUCGACAGUGAGAGCCUACAGUCGAGACCAGUCGUCCCGGAUGACAUCAGAAUGCUCUUCACCGCGGAUGCUGGUACCAAGAUCCUGGAGUCUGGAAAGGCAGAGCUCAUGAAGAGAUUGGAGGGUUAUGAACCACCUCCUCCGCCAGACUCCAGUCUUCCUCCUAGUCGAAAUGCCGACGGCGUCAGUACACGACCGGUCAACAUCGACUCCACUGGAAACCCAGCCGAAAGGACGAGAAAUAUGAGCCCAACACCGCCUCCCGCUCAUCAGAGUGAUCCCCCGGAAGAGGAGAGCGAGGAAGAAGCCGACGAGGACGAGGAGGAAGACUAUCCUGGAUCGACCGAGGACGGCCGCGGACUACUCACCGAUGUACCGCUCAUUUUAGGUCCUUCAGAGAUCGAAGUCUUACCGAUGCUGAUCAUGAGCGGCAUGGUGCCGCCUACGAAUCUAGACGGAUACACAAUCGAAGAGAGAAACACAGUCAUGAACAUGCACACUGUACGGACCCAUAUCCUUCUAUCUCAGAGCAACGGCCGCAACUUGCUUCGGGAGCUUCUCAUCUUUGUCGCUGCCUGGGACCUGCGUGAGGAGGAGCUUUACUUCAAGUUCAUGGUCAAGAUCAUGGAAGCCAUCCUCAAGAAUGCACUCAUGCCGUACGCAUACCACGCAUUUCGAGACCGCUCGCGGUCAAAGGACAUCAUCAGUCCCGCCCAAGCAGUCAUCAUGAAAUUGUUGACCUGCAUCUUCCGCGGGCGAGGCGAAGCGGCAAAGGCUGCCGUGGCUGCGAACGCUCAAAACAAGACCGGAGCCCCACCCCAAUCGGUGACGAUUAUCGGUGGACCCGUCUCGAUUGCUGUACAUCCAGAUGACAGGCCUGUCAUCAAGCUGCCGUACAUGCCUAAACGUGUCGACCUUCACAUCCUCAAUUUCAUCUUCACCGAGUUCCGACAACACAUUAUCCCGCAGACGUGCGCGCUUAUAUUCCUCCAAGGACAGAUUCAUGCUGGUAGGGCAAGUCCGGAAGACUUCCCGCUCAACCUAUGGGACAUGGAGCGCAUGUAUGAAGGGGUGUAUCAGUACCUUGAAUUCUUUGCCGUGUUGACCGAGGAAGGCUUGUGGAAGACUAUCCUUGGCGAGUGGGAGAUGGCCAGUGAAUUGGUGACACUGCUGCGUGAGCUCGAGGGUGGCAUCCCCAAGAUGGGAGCUGUCGUGCCGCAGAUGCCACGCCGCGUCGAUAAAGCACCGCACCCGCCUUUGCAAAGGGCCUUAAGUGCAGAUGCCGUCAGCACCGUGCAUCAUCGCGUGCCGACACCCUCGCCUGUGUCUGGAUCUGGUCCAGCGUCAACACCGGCUCCAGUAGCGGUGGAACGUCCAUUUGAUGUCGAUCCACCGCAUCCUGAUCCCAAGCUCCCUCCAUUGCCUGUGCACCCACCGGCCUCUGCAAAUCAACCGCCCAUCUUUGAGGCCGAGACACCGCUGGCCUACCCUGAAGAUUCGGCAAAUGCAACACUGCCUUCUCUGGGUGCUCACGACCUCUCUCACGACCAGGACGAGCCAUCCGACUUUGAAUGGCGCAAUCUGAAGAAGCUGACCGUCCUCGUUCUGUCGUCGCUAAUUUGGAAGAAUCGGGCCGUUCAAGACCAAGUCCGCCGCUACGGUGGCCUCGAGGCUCUAGUUGGAUGUUGCAGGCAUGAUGAGCACAACCCAUACAUUCGAGAGCAUGCUAUCAUGUGUUUACGAUUCGCGGUUGAGGGCUGUGAGGAGAAUGCCAAGGUUAUUCGCCGCAUGGCAGCCAAGGAGGGCGCCAAAGCCAUUGAAGCAGGGAAUGGAACACAACGACCUGCGACCGCAAAGCCCUCCGUGACCUCUACCAAAGCAACCGAAAGCGCACCACCGACACCCGGCCCCGUCAACGUGGAAGAUGUGCCGCGGGAGGUGCUUGACACGAACGGUUAUGAGACGUUUAUGGACGGCAAGGGUCAAGUAGGAUUACGUCGCAAGGAACCCGCCGCUCAUGGGCCUCACGCCGCGUCUACUGCGUCCUCGAGUAAAUCGGCUGCCACCGAUGCCGGGGUCAGCAAACCCUCUCAUCCGCAGCCCCCGCGCCUGUCUUCGACCAAGUUGACGGCCGAGAGAGCAGCGGAGCUGAUGAGCUCUGCAUUGAGCAGUCUACCGCUUGGGGAUAAGCUGGUCGGGGCAGAUCGUAAUAAGAUUGAGGCUUUGGCCAAGCUGGAUAGGGCUUUCGAGGGGGCUGGAGCUGGCGCAGGACCAAGUGGUAAUGGCAAAGGAAGGAAAUGA